AUGGUAGCCAAACGCAGAAAAGUCAGGAAUCGCAAUGAGGAAAAAGCUGAAGAGCCGGAUCUUAAAAAGCAAAAGCCAACUAACGAUGAUAGUAAAAAAGAGCUAGAGAAGGCUGAACAACAGAUUAAAGAUGAAGUAAAAUUGACUGACGUAGAAGAGCAAAGCAAGGAAAGACGAGAGGCGGAGAAAAAUGCGGAGUUAGCCUCCGAGGCUGGUGCCAAGGAUAUUCUAGAAGAGGACCGCGAAGUAGGAGGGCAAAGUGAAGGGCUUGAGGGUUCUAACGAGUCUGAGGGGCCUAAGUUGCCCGAUCUUGAUGAGAAAGCCGAACAAAAAGGGAAUACUAAGACCGGACCAGACAAUGAAGCCAACCAGGCACCAGAGCCCACGGCUGUUACGCAUCAAGUCAUUGAGGAUGAAGAGAACGGAAUAGCCAAGUUUGAGUUUGACGGCGUUGAGUAUAAAUUCAAGGAGAGGGCAAGCGUGAUCGAAGAAAGGGAGGGGAGGAUUGAGUUCAGAGUGGUGAACAAUGACAAUACAAAGGAAAACCUAAUGGUUUUGACAGGCCUCAAGAAUAUCUUUCAGAAACAAUUGCCCAAGAUGCCAAAGGAAUAUAUAGCUCGAUUAGUCUAUGAUCGAAGUCAUCUUUCAAUGGCAGUUGUGAGGAAACCGCUUACCGUGGUGGGUGGAAUUACAUACAGGCCUUUCGAGAAAAGGCAGUUUGCAGAGAUAGUGUUUUGUGCUAUAAGCUCUACGGAACAGGUUCGAGGAUAUGGUGCGCAUCUGAUGAACCAUCUGAAAGACUACGUACGAAACACGAUGAACAUAAAGCAUUUCCUGACUUACGCGGAUAACUAUGCCAUUGGCUAUUUCAAAAAGCAAGGGUUCACGAAAGAAAUAACGUUGGAAAAGAGCAUAUGGAUGGGGUACAUUAAGGACUAUGAGGGUGGUACAUUAAUGCAGUGCACAAUGCUACCGCGAAUACGAUACCUAGACGCAGCCAAAAUACUGCUUCUGCAGGAAGCAGCACUAAGACGAAAGAUCAGAACAAUCUCAAAGUCCCAUGUCAUAAGGCCAGGCCUAAAGGUGUUUAGAGACCUAAAAAAUAUUAAACCAAUAGAUCCUAUGAGUAUACCCGGGCUUAAGGAAGCCGGCUGGACUCCUGAGAUGGAUGAACUGGCUCAAAGACCAAAGAGGGGACCCCACUAUGCGGCAAUGCAGAAUAUACUAACUGAGCUGCAGAACCACGCAGCUGCAUGGCCAUUUUUGCAACCUGUCAAUAAGGAAGAAGUGCCGGAUUACUACGAAUUUAUUAAGGAACCUAUGGAUUUGAGCACAAUGGAAGUGAAGCUGGAGAAUAACAGAUACGAAAAAAUGGAGAAUUUUAUCUACGACGCACGAUUGAUUUUCAAUAAUUGUCGACUGUACAAUGGUGAGAACACUUCAUAUUUUAAGUACGCCAACAGGUUGGAAAAGUUCUUCAACAGCAAGGUCAAGGAAAUUCCCGAAUACUCACAUCUAGUUGACUGA